AUGGUGAUGAAGCCCUGGAUCAUUCUUGGCUGCGUGGCAGCAGUCUUCUCAACCGCUGCAUCCUCAAACGUCCUUCAACAACAAAAUAUCCCCCUUAGUCUGGCUCUCGAUAUCGCCCAAGAGGCCGUGCAGGCCUGUGCCCAAGAGCAAUACAGCGUGUCAGCAGCUGUUGUUGACCGUGGGGGUGUGUUGCGCGCUCUGCUUCGGGCUGAUAAUGCAGCCAUUCACACCCCUGAGGCGGCGCGCCGAAAGGCCUAUACGGCUGCGUCAUCGCGUACAGCAACAAGCACCAUGGUGGAGAAUAUUCAAAAUCCCGGCGCUUCUCAGCUUGUGGCAAUUGACGGCUUCCUCAUCCUGGGUGGUGGUGUACCAAUUACCGUCGGCAAUGAAACGAUUGGCGGAGUCGGUGUUGGUGGUGCUCCCAGCGGAGAUUUUGACGAGGCCUGUGCAACAACUGCACUGAAGAAAGUGGCAGGGCGGUUGGAGUAA